AUGAUGUUACCAAGCCCGGUCACCUCCACCCCUUUCUCAGUCAAAGAUAUUUUGAACCUGGAGCAGCAGCAGCAGCAGCAGCACUUCCACGGCGCUCACUUGCAAGCGGACUUGGAGCACCACUUCCACUCCGCGCCCUGCAUGCUGGCCGCGGCCGAGGGCACGCAGUUUUCUGACGGCGGGGACGACGACGACGACGACGAGGGCGACAAGCUGUCCUAUUUGAACUCACUGGCCACAGCCGACGGCCACGGGGAGUCGGGGCUCUGUCCCCAGAGCUACGUCCACGCCGUCCUGCGAGACUCGUGCAGCGGAUCUAAGGAACAUGAAGAGGAGCCCGAGGUCGUGAGGGACCGGAGCCAAAAAAGCUGCCAGCUGAAGAAGCCUCUGGAGGCGGCGGGAGACUGUAAGGCGGCGGAGGACAGCGAGAGGCCGAAGCCGCGCAGCCGCCGGAAGCCCCGGGUCCUCUUCUCGCAAGCCCAGGUCUUCGAGCUGGAGCGCAGAUUCAAGCAGCAGCGGUACCUGUCGGCGCCGGAGCGCGAGCACCUCGCCAGCAGCCUGAAGCUCACGUCCACCCAGGUGAAGAUCUGGUUCCAGAACCGCAGGUACAAGUGCAAGAGGCAGCGGCAGGACAAGUCCCUG